CUUGUACAAGGACAUGCAGGGGACCUAAUAAAAUUGUCUUCACGUAAUAAUGAUGUAAGAUUAUUCAUGAUUCUCAUCCCUGCUCCCUCCAGACACCGCUCCACUCCGAUCACCCCACACUACAGCAGACAGGUCGUCCUCAACAGGGGGGCACCUGCUGUCCCGCUCGGCGCUGCAGAGGCUGUGACAGCACCCACACCAGAGCACAGCUGGCAGGAGAGGCAGUCCUGUCACACCUGAGCGGACCUCCACAUCACAGCAUCGUAUAACGCACCGACGACGACUACUGUCCACCCGGGAAGAUCCAGAAAUGACGCCCCGUGUGCCGGGCGGCGGCAGGACAACGUACACCGGCACCUUUUUGUCGGCGUGUCUCAUCUCCGCCUGUCAAGCCCUCCGGAGCUGCGGGGAGGUCCAGUGCGGCGACGGCCAGCGGUGCUGCCCACCCAUCGUCGCCGGGAACGGCAGUGCCAGCGCCGCGGUGCGCUGCUGCAAGCUGCCCAUCCACAUCUUCUUCGACAAUGUGGGCUGGUUUACGCGGAAGCUGUCGGGUAUCCUGAUCCUACUGCUGCUCUUCGCCAUGGGCUACUUCAUCCAGCGGAUCAUCUGUCCACGGCCCCGCCGGCACCAGCACCACGACCGCAGCGAGGAACCCUCCCUCUUCCACGGGCACACGUCAGCGUCCCAGGACUCCCUGCUGGACCGGUACCCCGAGUACAACCUGGGGGACUUCGCCUCCCCCAACCUGCCAGCCUACGACGAGGUGAAAUACUUGCCCACGUACGAGGAGAGCAUGCAGGAGAUGCACAGAGACCGCUCCGAUGAUAACUUGUUGUCGGAAAACGAGCGGGGCAGAGGCAGAGCAACAGGACCGAGAGCCGGGGACCAGACACAGGAUAUCCUGGAGGUGUCAGGACCGCAACAGAGCCCAAGGACAUCUCGGAACUCUGUUUGAAGCCGCAGAAACAAAAAGCCUGCAGGCCUCGUAUUCUUAUUUUAAUACCAUCAGGGUAAUUAUCUUGCAGAGAUCCAAAUCAAGUGCAAUUAUAAUCCUGAAUGUACAGAAUAAAGGAGAAGGCUGAGAAAAAUGUACGUGUUUUCUAAGAUUAAAGGGGAUUACUCGCCUUUUGUAUGCAAAUGACCGCUUGGGUUAAGUAAAGGAGAUUAUAGUAAAGUAAGCGGAGGGGGCUGGAAUAGACGCGCUUUGUGUUGGGAACAGCUAGAUUGGCUCCGGUACAAUCGCAUUAAGUUUUACUUCAGCACCUCAAUUUUAAGUGGCACCGUGAAACAGCUCUUCUGUCAAAUUCUCGUCCUUACUUAAUGCCAAAUAUUCUGCUGAACCCUUAAAAAAAAGUCUGCUAUUCUUUUAUUCUUUUUUAAAAAAAAAAUUGCAUCCAAAAAGAAUAGAUAUUUCUUUCUGAGCAACCUGAAAUGUGGACUGAAAGAGGGAGUGAAGGGAUUAAUAUCAAUUUUAAUGCUUUCAGAGGCAUGCAUUUUGAUCAGCCAGCUCUGCAGCCUGUUAAUUUACAGCUUAUCAGCAUGAAAGCAAUAUUCUCAUCACACAUUUCACUGGGAGCUGAUAGAUGAGCAUUUUUAUCAGUGACCUGCCUGAGCCAUGUUUGAUAUGUCUACUCCAAGAGAAACCACAGCAGAGAAGUGAUUUUUUUCCUCUUUUUUUUUUAUUUUUUUAGAAUUGCUCAGCUCCUGGGAGCCUUAUUGCCUAGGGCUAUAUGUAGUGCAUCCUCGGUUCUGAAUUCAGGGGGAAGCAAUGGCAGAGAUUACAGCUGGCAUACUGAUAUGGUGUAUACUUGCCAAGAAACAAAGUUGUAUUUUGAUGAUAGCAUGUCAGACAAGAUCACACCCACUGGCCCAAGCUGAACGAACACUGUAGCACUCAGAAAAAGCAAAGGACAAAAGGGACAUGUAACAGGAGACGCAGGUGAAGACGGAGACAGGAGGCAGUAAUUUCUUUGUUUUGGCAGAGUGGUAGGAAGAUGCAGGUGGAGGAAGCUACUUGAAUGUUGAUUUUUAAGUAGGCAACUGUCUGAAUGAACCUGAGCUAAUUAAACAAGAAAUCUCUUUUUAGCUGCUACACCGAAAAUCAAGCUUUGCACAAAUCAUUACAUCGAGCUAAAAUUGUCUUUUACCUGAAUUAUAGGUAUUUUGUAUUUAAUGUCUCAUUAUAUUAUAAUAUUAAAAAGAUUCAUUUGUCAUUCCA